AGGAAGUAAAUAGGCUCGUUGUAUGCUGCACUGGCGUCACAAGAUGGUAAAUCGUAUGUAGUGUCCGCAGUGGCAGAUGGCGUCAAACAAUAUGAAUGUAAUAGGAAACGGAGAGGCACUUGACGCGAUUACGGUGCACAAUUUCUCUGAGAAGAUUUUGGAGCAGACGAUUCACUUUCAUGUCAUGAAGCUGAACGGCGGCUUCUUCCUUUGGGUCGGUUCGACUCCAGUUUUGUCAAACUUGGCGGUUUCAAUGAGCAGCAGAUAUGAUCCCAUGCCGUUAUCAGCAUUAGUGAUGGGGGACCCGUCAGAUACUGCCCCAAACUCCUUGGCUCAGAGACUAGCAAAGAGGACAAAGAAGCAAGUAUUCGUCAGUUAUAAUCUUCCAUCAGGCUCUAAUCUCUCCUUGCUGGUGGAGAACAGGAUCAAAAAGGAACUGGAGGUUCACCCUGAACACUUUUAACAUUUUAAUUCGUAUGGAACUUGUGAAAAGCAGCGGGGGGGGGGUGCAUGUGUUUGGUAUUUCUCCCUUAAUCGCUUACCUUAUUGGACUGGCAACUCACGAAUCUCCUAAAUAAUUCACUGAUGUACAUGUACUGAUGCAUGUGCAUAGUCCUAUACCGCAAGAAUAGCCUAGGUACAAAUUGUCACAUCAAGUGUUCAUUUAUUGACAGAAUCAAUAAAUUAAGUGGUUUAUUAUCAAAACAUGUAGGCCUAUGGCUUUUUGUACAAAUGCAUCAUAUUAAAAAAUAACACCUAAAAAACAA